AUGGAAGCAAGUAAAAUAAUCUCUGAUGUAGCAGGAAAAGGAUUUGCACCACCUCUGACCAUCUCUCUUAAUACUGCCAAAAAUUAUUUAAAAGAGCCUGAGUAUAUAUACAGAAGAGUACAAAAAGAUGUUUACGUAGACGGAUAUGAGAAAGAAGAUGUAGUAGCCUAUCAGAAUAUAUUUUUGAGACGAAUGAGUAAACUUGAGCAUAGAAUGCCAGUAUUUUCAGGAGAUAAUAUGGUUGCAGAAACUUGGCCAGAUAGCAAUGUACAACCCCUUAUUCUUGUUAUACAUGAUAAAUAUAUUUUUUCUGCUAAUGAUGGAAGUCGAUACCUUUGGAUUCCUGAUGGCGAACAACCUUUACGAAAAAAAGAUCAGGGCCGUUCAAUUCAUGUUAGCGAAUUUUUAACUCAUGGUCGACUUGUACUUUCUGAUGAAAUGCAACCAUCAGAUGAGCUUCCUAGAAAAGCCUAUGUUAUCAUAUACUCUGACAAAAAUG